AUGCCUGUGGAUACUCACAUUCAACCUGAAUCCUUUUCAUUUGCACGCAUACACGGCGGUCACUAUACCGUCGUUAACAGUCGCACGGAAGUCGUACCAACCCCUCCCGCAACUAUGAUUCACUAUAUGGAAGACGACCUUUCCAUCUUCAAGCAACCCAACUGGUUGACUAACAUGUUCCCCUACCUUGCGUUGAUCCCUAAACAUCAUUCUUGGUCUGGCCCGCUUUUCCAACCACUUCAUGUGUCAUUAUCGUCCCUCAAAUUUUGGAAGACUCGUGAUGGCUGCUAUGUUCUCGUUAAGACAACUAGGGACACUUGGCGGGCCUUGGAAUACGCUCUUCAACGGUUCAUCAAGUACCUUUUGAACGAAGUCCGUGGAGUCAGUAGCUCCUUCGCAUUCUACUCCUUCCCAAGUCAAUACGGUUACUCUUUUAAGCACCCCACGCCAGAGGAGGCUAGGGAUUGCUGCAUGCAGUCUCGAGACGCGUUUCUCCCACUCAUCGCGCUGGCCACAUUCUGCGUAAUACUGGCCGAACGUCACGAAAGGGUGCUCCCUACUUUUCGUUGGAGGGACUUCGUGUCAUCCGCUGCAAGACUUCAUCCUCAAUUCAUUGCCGAUCUAGAGGCUUCGGUUAUCGGUUCAACCCAUGCAUUACGACAAGGUGGUUUCAUCGACAUCAACACAUGUGAUUUCCUGGAUGACAUUCCAUCCCUUUUCCCGUACAAUAUGCCACUGUACUUUUAUUGGGGACCUGAGAACAAAACUCCGUAUCCCCCCCCUGCCAUACGCGGUUGGGGCGCCUACCUCAUCCCGAAAGAAGUUUAUAACCCAAUACGCAAGGAUUUCCCGUGGGCUACCGGUGUAGCGCAGCGCAUGCCGCUUAUAGCUUCUACUGCCAUUUUCAAGGGUCGGCCGGUCUCUCCCUCCGCACCUUCCGACCCAUCAAGUGGCGCCAAAUGGGGACCGCCACCCUCUCCAAUUGCAAGCUCUAGUGCUGUUCCUUCUUUUGUUGUCGACCAAGGUACCUCUCAAAGGCCUGGCGAAUUGAUGUCCGAGUUCUUCGCUCGCAGGGAGAAGCAUUUCGAGCGAUAUGUCCUGAAAGAGACACAGACUCAAAGGCAAGCUCGACUCGCUCGUGAGGAGGCUGCAUCGCACCAACAAAUCCCUGGAAGGAGGGGAGCUCUCGUUUUCUACUGGGAAGAUGUCGACGGUAUUCGCAUUCGUCGUUUCGGCACUCGCGAUCCGUCUCUUUGGCUACGUUACUCACAUAACCAGAGGCGGUACAAUUCAGCCUUCGAUGAAUGGGAUCUAUGUUCCGAAUUUGCCCCUGAGGAAGGCGCAUCUGAGCUUGGCGAUUACGACGAUAGCGAUGACGACGAUAUUCCACAUGCCGACCCCGCGGCUGACAAUACCGAUGUACGUCGUAGCGACGAUAUCGAUGCUUCUGCGAUUCCGAGCGCAUUCACAAUCCAUCUCGACGAUGAUCCAUUGUUGUCGUCGAUGACGCAACGGGGGCCCAAUCCCGAAAUGCGACAUCUCUAUUCUCUUGACCAAGAAUCAGCUCCUCUCGACUCUGAUUUGGCUUCAGAAAUGCCUGAGUUCUCAGCCUUGCAAGUCGCAUAUGAAAUCUUUGGUUUCACUGACUCCGAAGAGGACCAAGGCCAAUCAUCAGGGUCACAGGUAGAUUGGGCUCUCGUCAAGAAGUGCAUGGGGGUGUCAUGGAAGGAUGUUGGAGGCUAUGUCGACGCAAAAACUGUAUCUCAUCUUUGCAAAUUCUUCCUUUGUCUAACAACGGCGUCGUCUUGGUUGGACAUGCCGCAGGGCCUUUUGGACAUCCGCCAAGCUGACAGCAUCGUCUCAUCAUAUUGGAUGGGUGAUAUUCCCUUCCACCUCGAACCGAAUGGCGACGCCGUCAGUUACGUUUUUGGAAGUUCGGCUAGGCUACAAGUCGUCGUCACAAACCCUCUCGCAGUAUUAUACGUCGCGCGGUGCCAUCGCGAUUGGGAUUCGCAUUCUGUAUCUACCGUUGCAACGAAUCUCGCUGGGAUAGGAUUUCCAUUCUCCCUUCGUUUGUCCACUGGCGCAGGCUCAGUCCCGAUGUCUACAUCGGAGGGUAACAACGCCCUAGGAUAUCGUCCUGCUAAUUACAUUCCUAAUAAAUGGGACUAUUGUGCAUACGUUACUCGACGCGAUGCUCUCCUCAAGUCUCCUCGGGGAUGCUCUGCACUCAUGACUGGAGGACUAGUUGGCCGCAUGGCUCGUGCCCUCAUUCCCCCCGAUUUCUUCUCAGCAUUACUAUCUAGCGAGGAUAUCGACCCCGCCUUAUUUAGCCCUCUGACUUCGGCAGAGUUAGACUUGAUAUGCGGUGUAUACUGCCAGGAAACUGGCCAAGUUUCAUCAAAAGGGGAGAAACAGGUGACGCGAAAAUCCUGGUGGCCUCCCCAUCACCUAUGGGUUAAGCAACAGUUUGGCCUUGCUCAGUGGACGAACGAUGCCGAAGCUUGGUACCAACGCCGUCAUGAAAAACUCAGUUCGGGCAACUUCGAAGCUGCAGACCUUAUGAACGGUCCCUCUUGGAGGAGUGCCUUACGUCACACUCCGGCGGCAAAGAAGCUUAUAUCUCAAAUGGAAGGGCUGGCGGCAGCGUACAUACGAAGUAGGAUGGUUUUGUAG